AUGCAUACGCAAGUGUAUAUUUCGGCAGUUCUUUGCUUUGCGGCAAGCGCUUUCGCGGGAAAUCUGCCGUCCUUCAUUCAGCCCUGCUCGAAGUCUGACCCCAAUCUGAACCAAUGCAUUCAGAAAGCGAUAGAAGUGGCGGGUUCUAAAUUCGCUAAAGGCAUCCCAGAGCUGGGCAUCGCUCCUUUAGACCCUAUGGAGCUCGGCACCGUGGAUGUCGAGAACCCCGCCCUCAAUCUCGUCUUCACCGACACCGUCGUCACUGGACUCGGGGAUUUCAGAGUCAAUUCCUUCAAAAUCAACACAGAGACAGGAAAAGCGGUGUUCGACUUCACCGCCAACGUGACCCUGAGCGCGAACUACAACAUGGACGGUCAGGUGCUCAUCCUGAGCAUCAAAGGAGACGGUCAAGCUAAGAUAAUAAUCACAAACCUAAACAUCGUGAUUAAAUACGACUACGAGACAAAGGACGGUCACUGGGUGGUCACGAAGUACAAAGACAACUACAAGAUGGACAAGGCGCAGUUUAAAUUUACCAACCUCUUCGGGGGAAAGAAUAAGGAACUUGCCGACACAACACUAGCAUUUAUAAACGAAAGUUGGGAGAUUAUAAUGCAAGACGUCUCACCGAAAUCCCUCAAAAAAAUCACUAAGCGCAACGUUGAGGAAAUCAAGAAAUUCUUCGCUGCCUUUCCUGCAAUGGAGCUUAUGCUCCCAUAA